CACAAAGUAUUAAACGAUUAUGUUCUCAUCGAGCGCAAGUUUGUUAGAAACGUUACCAUGGUGGGAAUCGGACAUUGUAAAAUACGGGCUCAGUUACGCACCUGUGAGAAAGCGAGUAACAACGGUAAUGGGAAAUCAUAUAGUGCAAUUAACGAAUCGUAAGUACAUGACGCAACUCGCGGCAAAGAUACAGGAAGAUUACGAAACGCAGCAAAAAGACCGUAUUGAACGGAGAAAAGUUAAAGACACUACGGUAGUACCGGAAUUGCGUAAAUUUUUACCCAAAUCUCAGCUGGUGACACGAAAACGUCAUCCGUGCGUGCCAAAAUUUUAUCCAGAGGCGGCUAAAAAAUGCAAAGAACUUCAUCUGCGUCUUUUUACCGAAUGAAUCAAGAAUCAAAGGGAUUUUCGAACGAGAUCGCAAAGGAGGGUGUAAUAAUUUAUAUUUAUUUUGCAUUUUUCUUCGGCACACUAACGUAUAUAAAUUACGUUGUUACAGAAAAAAAUUACUUUUUACUUUGAACUUUUACUUUUUUGACGUUUUUAUUUAAGGAAUGCGUGAGAUAUGUUCAUUAUGUUGAAAAUAAAUUUAAAAAAUGCUCAUAUGUAUCAGAUGAGUCUUAAAACCUAAGAUAUGAUUCUUAAUUGUAUCUACAUUAAAUUAAUUGAAAUGUUUGAUAAUGUAAUUUUUUAAUUACAAUCGUUACAGUUAUGGAAGACUUAAAAACCAGCAAUGUAUAGCACCUUGCGGUCCACCGUCGCGUUGUGAAAGAAUAUAUUAUCGAUGUAUAUCACAUACUAAAACGAUAAAUGCGUGCAUUCGCGAUUCAAAUGAAAUUUGUAGUAUAGUGUAAUCGGAAAAUUUUAUCGAUCACGAAUUGCGAAAUUACGCAUAUAAUUCCGGUCCUACUUUAAUGCUUGUAAUUUGUGUUCUCUUUGUAAAAAAAACAUCGUCACACACACAUACAUGCAUACACUAGACGAACUUACGAUGAAGAAAAAAAAAAAAAA